AUGCACCAGCUCUUCCGCCUGGUGUUGGGCCAGAGGGAUCUGUCGCGAGCCGGGGACCUCUUCUCUCUGGAGGACGCGGUGAUAGAGGACUGUCUCUCUGAGGCACUGGAGGAGAUCAAGGCAAUUUCCUGUUCGCUGGACUACCUGACCAAUGACAAUGACCAGGCCGUGGUGGAGAUUUGCAUCACGCGUAUCACUACAGCUAUCCGGGAAACGCGCUCCAUUGAGAGGCAUGGGGCAGCACUGGUCUCUCUGUGGGAGUCCUGCCUGGAACACAACCUGCAGCCCCAGGGCAAGGACGAGGACACGCCCCACGCCAAGAUUGCCUCUGACAUCACAAGCUGCAUCCUGCAGAACUACAACCAGCCCCCCGUGAUGGCCCUGGCGGUGCCCGUGGCUGUCAAGUUUCUCCAGGGCGGAAACAAGGAACUGUCCCGAAACAUGUCCAGCUACCUGUCCCUGGCAGCCAUCGCUAAGGCUGAUCUCCUGGCGGAGCACACAGAGGCCAUCACAUGCAGUGUGCUGAGAGGGAACCACAUGCUCCUGAGGGUCCUUCCCUCCGUGUACAGGAAGCAGCCAGAAGCCAUCCACCUCCACAUCGGGGAACUGACCGCCAUGAUGUCACAGCUGGAGCAGCCAGAGCAGCAGCAUCUUCUCAGACUGCUUCAGAUGGUCGCCAAGCAACACCCCCCGGCACUGAGCUCACUGGUGCCCUCUCUGGUAGGGUAUCUCAGUGACCCCGUGCUCAAUGAUGCAGUGCUGACCGUGCUGGUGGACAUCUCCCAGGCUAGCCCGGCCUCCCUCACCCCCUUCCUGCCCACGCUGAGGACGGUCGGAGAGCGGUCCCCCGCCCUCCUGGGCCACAUCGCCAAGAUCCACGGAGCUGUAGGCCUCACCAGUGAGGAGCAGGCCCACAGUUCUCUGGUGUACCUGGUGUCUCUGCUGGCCAGCAUGGAGCACAGCAUUCACCACACCCUGCUGCUAGAGAUCCGGGGGCUGACCGACCGCUACUCCUCCAUCCUGGGGGGCUGUGGGAAGGACAUCUACCGCAUGAGCAACAGCUUCACCGCCAUCGCCCGGCUGUUGGGCCGCCGCCUGGAGGCGGACCUUGUAGCAGCCAGCAGGGUAGAGGACGAGACAGAGCAGUGCUCAAAGCCGUGUGACCUGGAGUCGGGCGCGGGUGACGGAGACGAGAAGCUGCAGGUGAAGAUCCAGGCGUUCGAGGAGAAGAUGGGCGGGGAGAGCGAGGUGGAGAGGGAGAGCGAGGGAGGGUCUCCCGGCCCUCAGAGACGCCACAGCCUCGGUCAGGCCGCCCGUGACGAGCGCCGGGAGAUGAGGUUCAACAGGUCGAAGAGCCUGGCCCUGCAUGCGGUGCGGUCCCGCUCCAUCACCUCGGAGAACGGUCAGGAGGGCGAGGGCGAGGAGCUCUGUCCGGAGGUGUUCCUGCCUGAGGGAUCGCCCUGCCCAGAGGGGGCUGACGUCCCUGCGGAAGAGCCCCCCCAGGACAGCCCCGGCCCCCCCAGUGACCCCACCCCUGCUGUGGACGCGCCGCAGGCCCCCUGCACAGACGGACAGACGGACGACCCGCGAGAGAGAGACACACUCUGGGUCCACCUGAGGGACAACGAGGAGGAGAUCAAGGCUUUCUGCGCGGACACGGUCAAACGCAUCCCUGUGCCAGACCAGUGCGUCGUCGACGAUUCCAACCGUGGUUGCGUGGCCAAAUUUUCUUUCUCCUGCCCUCUGAAGGGACACUACUGCCUCUACAGCAAGUCCAGCUUCACCCUGAGCAGCAGGCAGCCCCACCUGUGGAUACACAUCAUGUUGCUCUCCCAGCAGAGUAAAGCCAGUGAGCCCCUCUCCUCAGAUGACAAGGCUGUUCAGUUCCUGAGGGCCCUGUGGGAGAAGCCUCAGCUGAAGGGACUGCACACCUUUGAGACGGCCAUGACCCAGGCCACCUUCCCACACAAGAAGGACCUGGACAGUCUACAGAGACACCUGGAGGAGGUGCGUUUCUUUGAUCUGUUUGGCUACAGUGACGAGGAAGGAAGCUGGCUCUGCUUCAUGUGUAAUAAUCCAGAGAAAGCCACAGUUGUGAAUCAAGAUGGCCAACCAUUAAUCGAGGGCAAGCUGAAGGAGAAACAGGUGCGGUGGAAGUUUAUCAAACGCUGGAAAACACGUUACUUCACCUUGGCUGGCAACCAGCUCCUCUUCCGUAAAGGAAAAUCAAAGGAAGAGCUGGAUGACAGCCCCAUCGAGCUGAGCAAGGUGCAGAGCGUGAAGGUGGUGGCCAAGAAGAGGCGUGACCGCAGCCUGCCGCGGGCCUUCGAGAUCUUCACUGACAGCAAGACCUACGUCCUCAAGGCGCAGGACGAGAAGCACGCCGAGGAAUGGCUGCAGUACAUCAAUGUGGCCAUGGCGCAGGCCAAAGAGAGGGAGAACCGGGAGGCCACCACCUACCUGUGACCCAGCUCACCUGUGCACUGUGAGUUCCCUGCCUGCCUGUGACCCAGCUUACCUGGGCACCCCCACCCCAAAAACUGUGAGUUCCCUGCCUGCCUGUGAAUGAGCUUACCUGUGCACCCCCACCCCUCAAACUGUGAGUUCCCUGCCUGCUUGUGACCCAAGUGCCACUCACCCCCAUCAUAUGAAAUUCCACCUAUAUCUGUGGCUCUGCAAAGACUCAGCUUUCCUGUGAUAGAUUUUACACAACCAAACAAAAGCUGUGAUUCAAAGGAGUUUCACCCAGUGAGAUGGACCACAAUGCCCUGACUUUAAGACCAUAACACCUAUGAGUCAGCUAUUGCACUGCUGCCAGGCCUGGAAACUGAAAAAAGAAGAUGAACAAAAGAGGCAUUCCUGUUUUGCCAUUUCAGAGCAAUACUGGUCUCAGAAAAAUGUAUGAUAUGCCCAGCAACAAGUAGUGUGGGACACCAAGAGCACACACUAUCUCAGUCUGUCUGAGAUCUGCAAAUACUGAAGAGGGAAUGAUAUCUCUUUCAGCUUAGCACAGUUUCAAGCAAGCCAGUAUAUAUAUUUUCUUGAUUGAACACUGGAAAAGCUGUGAUAUAUAUUUUUCCAUUCAACAAAAGCUUGCCAGGUCUGCUGGUAUUAACUGUAAUUUAUCAUACAAGAGGGAUCUUGUGGAAAUCACCAAGGACCAUGGAAUGGUGAAAAGCAGAAUUUUCUUUAUUAUUCUGAUCAAUAUUUCGUAACCUCCUAUUCUUUUGGGAAUGCUUCUCAACAGAAAAACAUGUUUACUGGCAAAGUAAGAGUUUUUUCUUGAGUUUCCAUCAAAGAAAAGAACUGUGUCAGACUGCUUUAUUUUAUGUUUUGCGAUAGUGGGGAUUUGCAGUGAAGCAGUUAGCCCAUGAUGGAUAGCUCCAAUAAUAUUUGUACUAUAUACAUGAACUUUAACAUAAUUUUUAAAUUCAAAGGCAGUAUACAUUUUUAUGAACCAAAAGAGGAUAUUAAAUCUCCUCUUGCUUUAUUAAAACUGUUAAUUAUAAUUUAAGACUGUAGAGCAUUGAAAUAAACAUGUAAUUAAAUUUUCGCAAGGCAUUAUCCUCUACUACAUGGUUGUUAUAAACCAUAGACUGUGUAGUUAGUGUAUAUGGGUGGCCUACACAGUUAUAUACUGUAAUGAAAUGUCACAGUUAGAACAGAAACCUUAACUAGACUUUAAAAAUCGAUUUCCUCUAUUGCAUUCCCAUUAAUGAGUCUAAUAUUAAGUAAUCCUCAUGCUGAAGCUUCCAGUAACCAAAGAACCCCUUUGAAUAUACAAACCCUACACAGCUAUUUGGUUAUGGUGACAGAGAGCUUCAAGCAAGGGCAAGAACAUUUUCACAACAUGAUAUUAUUUGUUUACUCACCAGACACCCUUAUCCAGGGUGACGUAAAAAAUUAUUUCAUUUGUUUUGUUUUGUAUACAUUUUGUGGCUCAUUUCCACAGUAGGAUUUUUACUGCGGCUAUUGAAGAGAAAGUGCAUCACCCAAGGGUGCAACAACAGUAUCUCAUCUGAGAUUUGAUCCCAAAGCUCCUGGUCUAGAGUCCAGGGCUCUUACUGCUACGCAGGACAGUGUCAAUUGUGCCCUAUAUGUGCUGCCACACUAUUUAACCACACUGUGAGGAUUCUGUGUGCUUUUCUGAGGCUGUCUUGGGUCAUAAUGCUGGAGUACUGUCCCAGACUCAAUGUCUUGUUUCUCCAAAUGAUUUCAGACCCUCUGAGGUUCAUAUAGAGCCAAAGGCUUUUUUUAAAUAAAUCGCAUGCAUAGGCAGCUGUGUAAAUAUAAUAUAUCUGUCCAAUUAUACUCCAUCUGUAAUGACACUUCAUAUUAGGGUUGCCUCUGAGUUUGACAUUACCAAAUUUCAUUUUCUAAAAACAUUUUUUUCUUUGCUGCUCAGUAAAAUGGGACAUUAUGUGGUCGUUCUCAAAUCAACUAAAGCAGACCUGAGAGCUAGUUCACAUCAGGGUGACCCGUCCUCAUAUGCACACAAUGGUACACAUAAGCUCAAAAGUGGAGUCUAACAUAACAAUGGGUGAAAAUCACUUCAAAUAUGGAUCUUUUUUUUAAAGUAUUGAGACUUUAUAUCAUUGAUUUUAAGAAUAGAUAAAUCAUAGUUUAACAAAUUAUUUAACUGUAGUUACUGCACAUCCACUUUUAAUGAAUUGUUUUUAAAACCAUGUUUCUUCUGUUUUUUUUCAGGUCAGUAUUUAUUUUUUCAAGCUACAGGCAUGUUGUAACUUUAACCAAACUUGAAAAACUGUUAGCAUACAGACCAGUGUAGUCAAAUGACUGUUCCAAAAUUCUAUAACAUUUUUUGCAGCUGUAAUUUUCUUUAAUGGUUGUUUUUGUAAAAGAAAAUUUUGUUUUAAAUGUGAUUUUUAUCUUUGUAGUAUUGAUUUAUACUUUUGCUUUGGUUCUGGUUUCACUGCAUCUAUUGGGAAUUUCUAGAAAA